CUCAGAUUUCUCUCUGUUCACGGUAUAUGAACGUCGCCCACGUUCGCCAAUGUUUUAAGAUGGCUGAUGCGAAUGAGAAGUUGCUGGCGGAACUCCUGAAAAAGCCUGGGAACAACGUGUGUGCGGACUGCGGGGCCAAGAAUCCAGAAUGGGCAUCUUACAAUAUAGGUAUAUUCGUUUGCACGAGGUGCGCCGGUGUACACAGGUCUAUGGGAGCACAUAUUUCGAAAGUGAAGCACUUAAAGUUAGACAGAUGGGAAGAUUCUCAAGUGAAUAGGAUACGCGAAGUGGGUAAUGCCGCGGCGAGAUUGCAUUACGAGGAACGUGUACCCUCUUGUUACCGUAGACCAAGCCCAGAUGCCCCACAAGUUUUAGUUGAACAGUGGAUAAGGGCAAAGUACGAGAGGGAGGAAUUUUGUCACCCCGAAAGACAAAAUCACUAUGUGUCAGGAUUCAUGGAAGGAUUUUUAAUGAAACGUGGAAAGGAAGAUUCGCGUUACCAUCCUCGUAAAUUUGUACUCUGCGAGGCGGAGGACACACUCAAGUAUCACGUUAAGGAAAAUAAGGAACCCAAAGCUGUUCUAAGGAUAUCUGAACUAAAUGUGGCGUUCGCGCCAUCGAAAACUGGCAAUCAGAACAGUCUUCAGUUGUCCUUUAUGAAGGAUGGUACGACGAGACAUAUCUACGUGUAUCACGAGGAUCCGGAAGUAAUCACGAAUUGGUACCUCGCCAUCAGGUGUGCGAAGCUGCACCGUUUACAAGUGGCGUAUCCGGGUGCGAGUGAGAACGAGUUACUGUCGCAACUCACGAGGGAUUUUCCGCGCGAAGGCUUCCUAUGGAAAACUGGUCCGAGACAUACAGACGCUUACAAAAAAAGAUGGUUUACGUUAGACGGUAGAAAACUCAUGUAUCAUGACGAUCCUAUGGACGCCCAUCCAAAAGGUGAAAUCUUCCUGGGACAUGGUUCCGAAGGUUUUGCGGUAAAGACCGGCGUACCGCCAGGUGCUAGGGAUCAAGGAUUUUCGUUUACUCUCGAGACACCUGAUAGAACUUACCUGCUCUCUGCGCAAAGCGAUGAAGACAGAUCGCAAUGGAUCAACGUGAUCCAAAAAGUAAUAGAUAAACCGCUAACGCCACAGGACGCGACCGUAGCGGCGAGACUCGUAAGAAAGCGCACAGCAAGCGGAACAAUGAAUAUAUUUUCGUCCACGAGAUAGGGCUGGAUUCCUCUUAGACGUCUUUCUUAAUUAUUCACCGGUAUUCGUUCGAAUCGAAUUGCCGAAAUAAAUACAUGACUCAGCAUGCAGGCGUAAUGGCGCAUAUAGCUUCGGUUUACUUACUCAUCUUGUUGCUGUUGAGUCAUGUAUUUAACUUGCGCACGGUUAAUGUAGUAUAGAAACAUACGCAUAAGACUGCUCGAAGAUGUUGAUCAACGUGGAUAAACUGCAAGCACCAACCGCUCCUCGGUAACGCUCUUGCGUCGAAAUAAAUACUUGUGUCGCUUACGAUCGAACCGAGUAGGCAGGCAGUAUGUCGUAACAACAUUACAAGGAAUUUUUACUUAGCAAUAAUAUGCGUGAUACUUGUCUCUUGACAGUAUAACGUUCGGAACACCAAAAGGAAUUCUCUUCCAGAAGUUUGAUCUAAUCUCUUGUGAACAAUCUAUUGAACGGUAAACCUAGCUUUAGGAUAGACAUUAUUUUAAAGAUUCACGGAUUCGCAGUAUUUUCUUUUCUCCUUUUUUUUAUUUUCUUAGCUGGUUUAUUUAGACCACGAUUUAUAAGGCCACAAAGUGAUAACGAUACACAAUCUGUACAUACAAAAUAAAUUCUGAGGGCCUAUCA